AUGGCCGAAUGGAGAUACGUUCCCACCGAUCUGACCGUUGCGGAUGAUGGAACAAAAUGGAAAGGACUUCCAAAUCUGAAGCCCCAAGCCAGAUGGUUCAACGGCCCACAAUUUCUGUAUCUCGCGGAAGACCAUUGGCCAUGCACAUCGAAAGGCUCUCAAACCACCGAACUAGAACUUCGUCCCAGUGCAAUGGCACAUUUCAUCGCUUCUGAUCCCAUCGUACAAGUGAACGACUUCUCCAAUUGGGGUCGAUUAGUUCGAGUUGUUGCAUUUGUACAACGUUUCUCCAACAACUGCAAAUUGAAACGCUUGAAGCAGUCUAUUAUAAGCUGCCCUCUUUCCAGCUCAGAAAUAAGCUCGGCUGAAGCAUAUCUACUACGCCAGGCGCAGUUGGAAAGUUAUCCCGAGGAAGUGGCACUUUUUCAACGAUCGCAGCACGAGCCAACAGCACAUAAAACACCGUUGCCUAAAGCAAGUCCGCUGCACCAAAAAUCACCUUGGCUAGACCAGAAUGGAGUAUUGCGAAUGCGAGGCCGCAUCACCAACUGCGAUUAUGCCACCGAAGACGCCAAAAAUCCAAUUAUCCUCCCACGUGACCACCCAACCACCAAGUUGAUUAUUGCACAUUUCCACCAAAAAUUCCACCACCAGAACCAUGAGACCGUAAUUAACGAAAUUCGACAGAAAUACAGUAUUCCGAAACUUCGCACAACCUUCACCAAUGUCCGAAAUAACUGCCAACGCUGCAAGAAUCACCGAGUCAUCCCAAGAGUACCGAUCAUGGCAGAUCUACCGGUAGCUCGACUACAUGUCUUCACACGCCCCUUCACCCAUGUCGGCGUGGAUUUUUUCUGA